AUGCAGACCUCAGAAUUCAAUUCCCCUUUCAUUCCUCAACACCUCCUCUCACAGCCCCAGCAGUGCUCACCUGGAAUUGAUCAGCUUAUUCAAAACGCAGAGUUGGAAAAUUCUGAACAAGUCCGCCUUAUCGAGACAGAGAAACAGCGAUAUGCAGCUCUCUUGAAGCAGUUAGAGGGGAAAAAUCAGAAAACUGAAGAAUUAGAAAAGUCUACCACACAACUUGAUGAAGAAGCUAAGCAGCUGCACAAACAAUUUACACAAAACAGGGAGAUAUGUGCGAGCUUGAAACGAACCAAUUGUGUUCUACAAGAACAUGAAGAAGCCAUGGAGAAAAAGAAGGAAAUGGUGGUUGAUAAACUUGAGAAAGCCAGGUCCAACAACCAAAGCAUCCUCAACAAGUAUGAGGCAAUAUGGGACAGAUAUAAGAAGCAGUAUGAAAGUAAAGAAAAUGCUCAGGAGCUCACAAAGAUAAAGAAAAACACCAUGGAAAUCAAAGAAGAAUUGCAGACAAUACGAUCCAGUAUCCAGCAAACAGAAGAAGGUAUUUCCUGCAUGGAAAAAGAAAAGAAGAACAUUGAAGAAUCACUAAAGAAAGGAAUCACAUCUGCUAUUCCACUUAUGAUCCAACUAGCUCAGCUGAAUAUUGAGAGAAGAACAACUGAAGACUACAUAGAGAGGAUCAGAUCCAAAAUAGCCAACACCAAACAAGCAGACUUCAGCAAAUGUGUGAAUGAAGGUCAUCAAGAGAAAAAUUCCCAAGAUGAAAAUACUUCUCAACCUCACACCCCAAUGAUGAUGUCACAGCAAGUUGAGCACUCAUUUUUUGAACAGUCCUCAAAACAAGAGAGCAUUGUGUUAAAUAUGGAAGUGGAGUCAUGUGAAGACCAAAAUGUGCCAAUCCAGCAAAAAGAGGCUGUACCAAUGGAGAGAUAUUCUCCUGAGCAGUUAUCAGACACUCUAUAUCAGCAGAGAAGGCAUUACACAGAUGAUCAAACAAGUCCAGCUCAUGAGCAGAGCUGUACAGACCCACACCUUCAGUCUUUAGCUGUAGCUGAAACUACAUCAACUUCAAAUGAUGACGAGGAACAGACAGUCCUUCCUACAACACCAACAUCAACAGGACAGCCAAACUGUGGUUCCAUUUCAACCUCAGAAGUUGUCAAAAGUCCAUUUAACUUUGAAGUGCACUCAGAUAUGAUCCUACAGCUCACCAAAUCACCUGGGGAUGGUUUUCUGUUUCAUAAUCGUCCAAUGUUUGACCAUAGCUCUGUGGAUCCAGAAAACAAUCAGCCAAGUGCAGAUAGUACACCUUUUACAUUCAACAUGCAAGGGACAAGGAAUACCUCAGGAUCAGUUGGGUCAGUUGGUGAGUUUGAUUUAGGAAGGCCUGCUGUAAACCUCUUUGAACCAUCAACAACCACAGAAAGUAGAAGUAGCAUGGGUCUCUUUGGUACAAGCAUGUCACCGGUAGUAAGUGGCUGUUCAAUCUUUGGAGAUGUAGAUUCUACCAGCCGAUCAAAAAGCCCAGAGGCCUUCACUUUCUCUUUUGGGACAACUUCCCAAUCUGGCAUUACCAAAAGCCCAAACAGACCUGCAUUCAGCUUGUUUUAAAUCUGAAAAAAUACAAAAAAAAAAUGGGGAUGAGGAAUUUUAAAAUUGUUUGU